CAGACGAAAAUGAGAACUGUGUCAAGUAUUAUGGGACGGAGGGAGUAAUUCAUAAAAGUUGCACUAUUACAAAUCCAACAACAUAUUAUAUAUUUAUAUGAUCGAAUUUACUAUACUAGCUCCGUUUCAUAUUAAUUGACAAUUGUAAAUGUCGUAUGACUUUAAUAAUGAAAUUUAGUUUUUGAAAUUUAAUUUUUUUUUUUUUUUUUUGAAAUUUUGUUUAUUAUAGCUUCUUUCAACCCAAAGAACAAAGGUGUUCCUGAAAAAAAAAAAAAAAAAAAAAAAAAGAAAAUUGAGUUCAAUAAACCUAUGCUUGGUUUUUAAACCUCAUAACAUAACUUUGGUAGCUGAGCCUUCCUCCUGAUUUGGGGUUCCUUCUGCAAUUACAAUUUGCACUCCUUUCUUUCUUCACUGCACGAAGACAGAGAUGAGCAGCGGAAAGAGAUUUGAGAAGACAUUCUCAAGGAAGAAGAAGGAAACCAACAACAACAACAAUGGUGGAAAGACAGAGGAUGAAGAAGAAUUGCUAAUUUCACAACUCAAAUCAUCAUCUCAGCAACAAAAUGGAAAACCCAAAAACAGUAAUGGCACCAAAUCCGCCAUUGUUGUCAACAAGAAGAAAACUUUUCCCACAACAACCCAGAAUAAUAAUAAGAAGAAGAAAGAAGAGAAGAAGGUGAAGAUUGAGAAUGAUGGGAAGGAUCAAACCCAGAAGCAGAAAAGGAAUGCGGAGAAUGGUGUGGAGGAUGUGAAGAAGGAGAAGAAGCCGAAGACGGCGACAAUGGCGAAAAAUCAGAGAAAGGGAAAGGAGGAGGAGAAGGAAGAGAAUUCUGAGUGUGUGUUUCCGAUGAAUCGAAUUGUUCGGAUUGUUAAGAGUGAGGGUGUUUCCUCUGAUUCCAAGAUUAGUGGUGAAGCUGUUUUUCUCAUCAACAAAGCUGCUGAAAAGUUUAUUGAACUAUUCUCAAAAGAUGCAUAUGACUUUGCUGUGGAAGAUCGUAAGAGCUUUGUUGGCUACAAGCACCUUGCCUCUGUUGUCUGUAAAGAGAAGAGGCUCGACUUCCUUUCAGAUUUUGUUCCUGAGAAAAUAACGGCUGAGAAGGCCCAGGCUGAAAGAAAGCCUGCUGAGACCCUACCUGGCUAGCAAAGAUGUAUUGCAAUUUUUCUUUUUUAUUCUACGUUUGUCUAUAGUACCUAACCAGGCAGGAGGGAGGGGACGGAAUAGGAUUCUAUGUGUCACAUCAUCCUGAAGAAAUGGAUUCAGGUUUGCAUCCUGCUCAGCCAAAUUUUGAAAGACGUCCAUGCUGUAGUUUUUGUGCGGGGAGACUUGCAUCUUUGCAGAGGGAUGUAUUUAGGUUAAUAUGUGUCAAUCUGGAAAUAUCGGCCUUCUGUGAUGGUAUUUUUUACUUUGUAUCAUCUGCGCGUUGUAGAACUUCAGUUACUUUGGACUUGGGAAAUGAUUACUUUCAUGUAGUAGCUCA